AAACUUUUCUCUCAGAGUAAUGAUGAAGAGGAAGAGAAACUCAAAGGCAGUUGGAAGCCAACAUGUGGAAAGAGAUGCAGAUGAAGAGACUGAGACAAAGAGUACUUCUAUACUGGAUUUACCCGAUUUUAUCUUUAAAGAUGUUGUGCUGCGACUCCCACUCAAGGCAAUCAUCAUGUGCAAGUGUGUUUGUAAACCUUGGCGCCGUAUCAUAUCAGAUCCUCAGUUUGCUAAGAUGCAUUUUGCCAGUGCACAGCCUUGUCCUCUGGUUAGGACUUUGGGUAACUCAAGAGUUUCAAGAAUGCUUUACCUAAUUGAACCGUCCGAGAUUAAUGUGAGCUACAAUUCAGAUAACUAUUCUCCUGAUGGGGUUAAUUUGAAGCUAGAGACCAAGUUGAAGAUCCCGCUGCGCAAUGCUGAAAUGGUGCCUCAGAAUCCUAGUGGUGCCAAAUUGAGUCUUUGCAGUAAGGGUGGCUCUAAGAAGCGUUGCAUGAAUGUGAGAACCAUAAAAGUGAGGACGAAAGAGCAGAAGUUCCAAAUUGUCAAUUCAUGCAAUGGAAUUCUUUGCUUGUCAGAUCCCUCAUAUAACAAUCCUCUUGCCAUAUGUAACCCAGUAACAGGCGAGUAUUUAAACCUUCCAGCGAUUGAUGAAGUUGAUAACAGCUUGAAUGAUAUAGUAUCUUGUGGAUUUGGCUUCAGUGAGAAGACUAACGAAUAUAAAGUUAUUAGAUUGUUUGAUCAAGGACGUCUGGAGCUUAUUAGUUGCCCAAUUACAGGUAAAGAAGUUUUUGGUAAAAGAGUGGCUGAGGUACACACAGUUGGCUCAGGAUCUUGGAGACGCAUUGGUCAUGCUCCAUCUUAUGGUUGUGAACUGAGAUUUACUACCUGUCUGAAAGGAUCUCUUCAUUGGAUCCGUAAAGAUGACAGGAAAUUGGAUUUCAUAUACUCUUUUGAUCUCAGCCAAGAGCAAUUUAAAGCAAUUCAGCCACCUCCAUUAGAGCACCGGAUGAAGGAUUGGGAUAAUCUGCGUAAUCUGAGCCUGGGAGUGUUAAAUAAUAGCUUGUGUUUGUGUGUCGGCCCAGUCUUUGAUGACAUCGACAUAUGGGUUAUGCAGAAACAUGGUGAACCCAAAAGUUGGACAAAGUUCAUUUCAAUUAACUUGUCUGUUUAUGAUAGAUGGCCAGUCGGUGUCUACCACCCCAUAAAUUUCCUAGAAAGUAAAGGGCUGUUGAUGUUUCAGUGUCCUAAAAGUGCAUUCAUGUAUUAUGAACCUCAAUUUGAUCAAUGGAAGUACUUCAGAAUUCAAGACAUCAAAAUGAAAUUUGAAGCAGUUGCUCAUACUCCAAGUCUCAUCUUGCUCAAGGAUGUUGUGACUGGUGACAAUGCUGAGAUACUGAAUGUCAAUUCAAGGUGCAAUGAAUUUAAAUUGCUAGGGGAAACCAAAGAUCUCUUCUUGGUGGAAGAAAUCAGGGAUUUGGAAAUAGACACUGAUGCCUCCAGUUACAGUUACAGCGAUGAAGAAUGAUUUACUGCAGUUGUGAAGCACUUGAAUGUUUGGAGAACUUAGUACCAUGCAGUUGGAACUUGGGAAGUAGUCUUUUCAUUUUGUUGCUAUAUCAGGAGGCUAUGCUUGCUUCUCCUUGGAUGUACAUGCUUUUGGUAUGUGACAGUUUGUGAUACUAGUAAAAGUCAAUGCCAAGCAAGCACCUUUUGCA